CGAAUAGAACACAAUACCUUUUCAUCUGACUGAGAGUAACAUUCAAUUCAUUACUCUACCUCGAUGGGCAUAAGGUAAUUUCAGAGCUGGAGCAUCACGUGCAAUAGCAUUGUGUUUAAAGCCGAUGCUUGGUAAGACACGGCUUUCAGGGGAAAGCUCCGGACAACAUCAACAUUUCUUACCUCGACAACAUAUCUACGCCCGUACCAUUCCCUUGACUCUUCUUCUCUCACACUCAGAACAAAACCGCCGAAAUGAAGCUCAACAAUCUACUGCAAUUGCCUCUGGUGCUGGCAUCAUUCCUGGCUCCUACGUUCGUAUCCGCAGAACACACAAGCAACUGGGCAGUCCUGGUCUCGACCUCAAGAUUCUGGUUCAACUACCGCCACCUAGCCAAUGUCCUAUCCCUCUAUCGAACCGUGAAGCGUCUCGGCAUACCCGAUUCGCAGAUCAUCCUUAUGCUUCCCGAUGACAUGGCUUGCAAUCCUCGCAAUGCUUUCCCGGGAACGGUUUAUAGUAAUGCGGACAGAGCGGUAGAUCUGUAUGGAGACAAUAUUGAGGUUGAUUAUAGAGGAUAUGAGGUAACGGUGGAGAAUUUCAUAAGGUUAUUGACGGAUCGAAUGGGAGAGGAGAUGCCUAGGAGUAAGAGGUUGUUGACGGAUGAUCGGAGUAAUAUCCUGGUGUACAUGACUGGGCACGGAGGCAAUGAGUUCUUGAAAUUUCAGGAUGCAGAGGAAAUCAGCGCUUUUGAUCUGGCAGAUGCUUUUGAGCAGAUGUGGGAGAAGAAGAGAUAUCACGAAAUCCUUUUUAUGAUCGAUACAUGUCAAGCAAAUACGAUGUACAGCAAAUUCUACUCGCCGAAUAUUAUUGCUACUGGAUCCUCCGAAAUCGAUCAAUCAUCUUAUUCCCACCAUGCGGACAAUGAUGUCGGAGUCGCAGUCAUUGAUCGAUAUACAUACUACAACUUGGAUUUCUUGGAGACGCAAGUCAGGGAGCCAAGCAGCAAGAUGACACUUGGCGAUCUAUUUGACAGUUAUGAUGAGUCAAAGAUCCAUUCACAUCCUGGAGUCAGAUGGGAUUUAUUCCCAGGAGGCGAGCCAGGCGGGAGGGAGAGACUGGUGAUGGAUUUCUUCGGAAACGUGCAGAAUGUGGAGGUUGAUAAUGCAGGGAAUGCCACAGAAUGGAAGGAAGAUAUCCUCGCUCUAGGAAAGAAGAUUGCUGAGCUAAGGAAGAGAGCCGACGAAGCAGAUGCUGCGGCUGCUGAGAGCGAGAACUCUAGCACAGCCCACCCACUGUUUGAGGCUUAUACACCCCAGAGGAUCAGAGCUUCGAAAGUGGAAGUCGAUGAUAAGUGGUGGGGCAAGAAGGCUAUUGGAGCAUGGGCUUUGGCUGGUUGCUCGUUGGUUUGGUUGGUAGGGACAUACCUGGAAGCUCCAUGAUCUUUGGCAAUUGCCAAACGUGUGCCUGUACUUGUAUGAUUAUUUUGAUACCCAGAACUUAGCGAUGUCUUUUGCCAGGAUCACCUCGAUAAGCGUAUCACUCGAAAUGAACGACGUUUUGGGACAUCUACGAGACAUGAUACAACUUCUUGUUAGAGAAUAAAAUAAACCACCUGAGAGUGAGGCCGUG